GUAUGAGGAUGCAGUUGUUUUGCAACUACGGGGCGGGCGUGUACUUCGAAAUUACUACUGUAAACUGUAAACGUAACAUUAGUAAUAUUGUUGCCUUGUAGGUCGUGUAGUGCCGAGAAAAUGACAAAUAUCGACCUCGUCAAAGUUGGAAAGAACCUGCUGAAGAGUGCCGACACUGGGGAGCAUGUGGAGCUCCAGGCUCUGUGGCAGGAGAGGCCAGUGGUCCUGCUGUUCCUGCGCAGGUUUGGCUGUCAGGUGUGUCGGUGGAUGGCCUCAGAGACCAGCAAGAUUGAGGCAGACCUGAGAGCCAGUGGUGUCCAGCUGGUCGGCAUCGGACCGGAAGAGACAGGGCUGAAGGAGUUCAUGGAAGGAGGAUUUUUUAAAGGAUCCCUUUAUAUUGAUGAAAAAAAGAAAACCUACAAGGACUUGGGCUUUAAAAGGUACUCUGCCUUAAACGUGAUUCCAGCUGCAUUAGGGAAAAAAGUGCGAGAUGUAAUUGCAAAGGCCAAUGCUGAAGGCAUCCAGGGGAACUUCACAGGAGAUCUGCUACAGAGUGGAGGCAUGCUCAUUGUGGCCAAAGGUGGAGAAAAGGUCCUCCUGCACUUUGUCCAGGACUCACCAGGGGACUACGUACGUUUGGAGGACAUUGUUAAGGCUGUGGGUGUCUCAGCCAAUGCACAAGCAGGACAGAUGCCGGUGUGCCACGAUGACGUCUGUACUCUAUGAUGGCCUCACUCUCUGCCUGAACGACACCUACACUUGGGAAGGUCACACGGACAAUAAGGCAUGGAGCUCUGUUAAAACAGAAAGUAAUCAGUCAAACAAGCCUUUACAAAAUGCUACAAAAGUAAAAUUUUACAUUCUUAACCUUAGUGUGAUUGUGAACAUAAGACAAGCAAUAUUCAUAUUACUUUUAUAUUACCUUUAUAUUGCAAAUGUAUAAAAGGCUUUAUGUCGCAAAAACACUCACAGUCUUAAUUGUAUUGUAAAUCCUGAAUUCCAGUUACCUCAGUUGACUUGAAUGUUGACCAGUGUGUUUGUCUUGUCUCGUCUUUAGGUUGAUGUGUAUAUCGAUUUACAUUUUGUCAUUGUCAUGUCAAAUAAUUUUAUACUAAAUUAAUUGCUUUUGUAUGCACUGAAUAGUUUAAAAUCAGUAGAUGGCUUCAUUCAUGCUGUCUCACAGCAGCUGUGGCGGUGAGGAUGUUUUCUAAUCCCUGGACAUGAGAAGCAGCCAGUCUGCUCAUGCCAGGUUGUUUGAUCGCUUGAUUAAUAAUACUUGAUUAAAAACUCUGUCUGGCACCAUCACAGGAUCACAGCAGCAUUAUUGUGGUUUCC